AUGUCCUCUUCCCUCUACCGCCGUCUCCAUAAUGUCUUCACCAACACCGCUAAAUCUCAAGUCCUUACAGCCAUCACCGACGCCAAACCCAAAGUUCCUCCACCCUUCAACCCAAUCAGUGAACCCGAAUCCUCCAAAGAACAGAAAUUUCGGCCACUGAUUCGUAAAUUUAAGCAUUUGUCAAAAGAUCCCAGAUUCCGCCGCAGGCAUGUAAAUUAUGAAUCUUUCGUACGACGACUCAGCCGAACUCAACAGUUCUCAGCUAUUGAAGAUAUCCUCGAGCACCAAAAAAUUUACCCAGAAAUAGAAGAUGAGGGUUUCGUUGUACGACUCAUUUCCUUAUAUGGGAAAGCUGGUAUGUUCGAGCAAGCCCGGAAACUGUUCGACGAAAUGCCUGAGUUAAACUGUGAUCGUACAAUCAUAUCAUUCAAUGCUCUAUUGGCAGCUUGUGUUAACUCGAAGAAAUAUGAUAAAAUUAGUGAGAUUUUCAGGGAAUUACCUGGGAAAUUAGCUAUUGAGCCAGAUGUUAUUUCGUAUAAUACGGUGAUCAAGGCAUUAUGCGAGAUGGGUUCGUUGCAUUCCGCAGUUUUAGUAAUGAAGGAGAUGGGAAAAAAUGGAAUUGACACUGAUGUUGUUACUUUCAAUACGCUUUUAGAUGCGUUUCACAAGAAUAAUAUGUCUUCUGAAGCUGAAAAAAUGUGGACUUUGAUGGAAAAGAAGAAUGUGAUUUCGGAUGUUAGGAGUUAUAACUCGCGAAUACGUUGGUUGGUAGAAAACAAUCAGGUAGUAGAGGCUGAGGAAUUGUUUGAGGAGAUGAAGAAAAGGGGAGUAAAUCCUGAUACAUACAGUCAUAAUUCCAUGAUUAAAGCUUGUGCAAAGGAUGGCAAUUUGGAAUUGGCUAAAAGCUGGUAUGUUAAGUUGGAGGAAAACGAUUGUGUUCCUAAUCGUCCCACAUUCGAGUUACUUAUUACGCUGGCAUGUGAUAAAGAUGAUCCUGAUUCUGCUUAUGACUUGUGCAAGAAGUGUAUUAAUUUGAAACUAAAUGUUUUUACUGGUACAAUCCAACGGGUGGUUGAUGCGUUGGUUGAUCACUCGAUGAUCGAAGAAGCAAAGGAGCUUCUGGAGAUAGGAAAGAACUGUCCUUUCCGUUAUAAGCUGUCAAUGCCAAACGAUCUCCAGUAA